AUGUCAUAUGCCAUUGUUUUCUCGGAACAGGUACUGUGGUUGAUUCGAUAUUACACGGUGACUAUCCAGAACAUGACUGCUCUCCAGCGCGUUUGUGGCUGCUUGGAUGUAAGUACCGGGGCACAAGAGGCAAAAUCCAUCAGGGAACCAAGCAAAGAAUGGCCUUCGUCAGGCUUCGUAGAAUACCGCACAGUCUCUGCUCGCUACGCAGCCCAUCUAGACCCCGUACUUAGGAAUCUUUCUUUCCAAGUCUGGCCUCUGGAGAGGGUGGGCAUCGUUGGCCGUACUAGUGCUGGAAAAUCUCGUCUGGCACUCACUCUGCUGCGCGGCCUCGAGAUCGAGAGCGGGCAGAUUCUGAUCGACGGUUUGGACACCAAAACGAUCGAUUUGCACACGCUGCGCAGCCGGCUAUCCUACGUACCGCAAGACCCGACGCUCUUUGCUGGGACGUUGCGUCUGAAUCUCGACCCAUACAACGAACACACAGACGAGGAGGUUCUCGAUGCCUUGAAACGAGUUGGCUUGUUCGAUUCAAGUGAAGGAAGAGGGAAGUUUACGGAUUUAUCCUUCACUCUUGCAGAAAGGGGCUCAAACAUAUCCCAGGGACAGAGGCAACUCGUGUGCAUUGCAAGUUCUGUGCUGAAAGGCUACAAGGUAGUCGUCCUGGACGAAGCGACAGCGUCGAUUGACCAUGAGUCGGAUAUCAAGAUUCAGGCGUGUAUCCGGAGCAUGGAGGCCACUGUCAUUACGAUUGCACAUCGUCUACGUACUGUCAUCGACUAUGAUCGCAUCCUGAGUCUGGACACCGGGUGCAUGAAGGAGUGCGACCAUUCGUGGGAGUUGCUUCAGCAGAAGAACGGCGUCUUCAGGGGAUGUGUGAUGCGGCGAUGGACCGGGAAGAGUCGUUUGCACUUUCUAAGGCGGCAUGGGAUAGUAGGCAUACCGCCUGAUGUUACGGACCUCGCAUUUAUUUGUUUUGAAUGUGAUGAAGCAAGCUCAUGA